CCUUCAGCCACCCGUACCACCACCACGACGACCCCCACCCCCGCCGCUGCGACCAUCACCGCCGCACCCGAAUCUAAAGUCACCACCUUUCCAGGUUCUAUACCAUAAAAAUUCGAACUUUACUUUUUUUCAAUACCCUAGGUCACUAAGGAAAAAGCAGGAAAAUCCCAUUUCUCUUUUUGGAUUUUUUUGGCUUACUCUCCAGAGAUUGAGAGAGAAAGAUUUGAGAUUUUUAGCUUUUGGGGGGAUCAGAAAGUGAUUGCCGGAUUAUUGGGUUUUAGCGGAGGGUAGUGAUGGAGCUGCCGGAGAGUAACAGUACCGGUGAUGACAAGAGUGUGGGAUUUGAGGCCGCUAAGAAGAUUAUCCUGCGGUGGGACUCUACGGCGUCGGAGGAUGCCAAGGAGAAGAUGAUCUUCGAAUCAGAUCGGCAGGAGGCCGAUCUUUACCUGCAAGCCGUCGAUGAAAUCCAACGGUCCUUGUCCAACGCAUCUCUCUCCGACGAUCGGUCCAAGGCGACCACCAUCCAGAUCGCCAUGGCUCGCCUCGAGGAUGAGUUCCGGAACAUCCUCAUCACCAACACCGCCGCUCUCGAGAGCGAAUCACUCACCGAUCCUACCUCCUCUUCCUCGGUGCACUCUCACUUGAGUUCCAGAAGUUCGAAUUUUGAACCGGAGGAGGAGUUCAUCCUAAACACCGAGAAGCUUCUAGAACUCGAACACUGCGAGUCGGCCGAUAGUUCCAGGGGCAGAUCCACCAGUAGCAUUCGCGAGAUGGAUCUGAUGCCGCCGGAAGCGAUUUGCGAUUUGCACGCCAUAGCUAUGCGGAUGAUUUCCGCCGGCUACUUGCGGGAGUGUGUUCAGGUGUACGGCAGCGUGAGGAAAUCGGCCGUUGACUCUAGCUUCCGCAAGCUAGGGAUUGAGAAGCUGAGCAUCGGGGACAUCCAGCGGCUAGCGUGGGAGGCUCUAGAGGGCAAGAUUCGGCGCUGGAUUCGCGCCGCCAGGGUCUGUGUCCGGAUUCUGUUUCCCAGCGAGAAGAGACUCUGCGAGCAAAUCUUUGUUGGCGUCGGAACGAGUAUUGACGAUGACUGUUUCAUGGAAACAGUCAAAGGUCCGGCAGUCCAGUUGUUUAACUUCGCCGAGGCAAUAAGCAUCUCCCGGAGGUUGCCAGAAAAACUCUUCAAGAUUUUGGAUGUACAUGACGCUUUGAUGGAUUUACAACCGGACAUCGAGGUUGUUUUCGACUCGAAAUCAUCCGAUUCAAUCCGGGUACAGGCUGCCGAGAUUCUUUCCCGAUUGGCCGAGGCUGUCAGAGGGACAUUGACGGAAUUUGAAAACGCCGUUCUCAGAGAGCCGUCCGGUCCUGUUCCGGUCGGAACAAUUCACCCUUUAACAAGGUAUGUCAUGAACUACAUCGGUUUGAUAUCUGACUACAAGCAGACUUUGAUUGAGCUCAUAAUGUCCAAACCCUCAACCGGGUCAAGAUAUUCCGGCGACCCCACGACGCCGGAUAUGGACUUUGCAGAAUUGGAAGGGAAAACCCCAUUAGCCCUUCAUUUGAUUUGGAUUAUUGUGAUCUUGGAAUUCAAUUUAGAACGAAAGUCUAAGCAAUACAGAGAUGCAUCUUUAGGACAUUUGUUUAUCAUGAACAAUAUACGUUACAUAGUUCAGAAGAUUAAGGGGUCGCCGGAGUUGAGGGAAAUGAUAGGAGAUGAUUAUCUGAGGAAGCUGACAGGGAAAGUCCGGCAUGCAGCAACUAAUUACCAGAGGGCAACUUGGGUGACUGUGUUGUAUUGUUUAAGAGAUGAAGGAUUACAUGUCAGUGGGAGUUUUUCUUCUGGGGUGUCCAAGAGUGCAUUGAGAGAAAGGUUUAAGACCUUCAAUGCUAUGUUUGAAGAAGUGCAUAGGACUCAAGCUUCAUGGAUAGUCCCGGAUACUCAGCUUCGGGAGGAGUUAAGGAUAUCCAUAUCAGAGAAGUUGAUCCCUGCAUACAGGUCGUUUCUAGGCCGGUUUAGGAGCCAUAUAGAGAGUGGAAGGCAUCCGGAAAAUUACAUCAAGUACACAGUGGAAGAUUUGGAGACUGCCGUAUUGGAUUUCUUUGAGGGGUGCGUUGUAUCUCAGCACUUGAGGAGGAGAUCUCAGUGAAAGGAAUGAAGAAUUGAGUUGAUAGCCAAAAUUAGAAGACUAGAAGCCAUUCUUCCAAUUUUUUAUACGAUGUUUGGGCAAUGCCAGUGCUGGUAAAUCCGAGCUUGCCCUGAGCUCUUUCCAUUAUCAUCUACUUCUACAGUAUCUAUCAUGUCCAGGUCCCCAUAGCCUGAAUGCUUUCUGCACUGUAAGCAUUGUGUCUGUUUGUUGUACCACAUUCUGGCUUUUGCUCCAUUUGUUCAUAUGGUUAUUGCUGUAUUUUGUUUGUUGUGACCGCUAUUGUUAAUUAUUCUAUGAAGAAGCAAUUAGUUUUUCUUGCUAAUUUCAUUCUUAA